AUGCAGGCCACACCUGUAACACGGAAGGAAAACAAAAGCCCUAAACAAUGUUUGAGGGAAGGACACUGUAGGAGUUUGCAAGUGACAUUUUUUGCAUGCAAAAGAUCAAUGUUGGAUACCAGGGCAAGAUUCAGAGGAAGGAAGGGAUACUGAA